CGAAAAAACUUGGAAUCAUCUUCCCGAAUAGCUAGUUCUUACAGAACACAAAUCGACGCACUGAGAUUUACGUACGAAGCACUCACACGCCGAGCGUUGACUUACCACUAUAACGAAGUGCCCCUUUCUGUUGAAAAAUAAUUGUUUGGAUCUCGAUCCUUAACCUUCAGCCCUGACCUGAUUUCCA